AUGAACUCACUCAUCUCCUACGCCAGCAGCGAUGACGAGGACGAGAUCCAACACUACCCAUCUCGAGCACUGCCAACAGAAACAAAGACAGCACCGCCAACACAACUCCAACCUCCACCUCCACAGAACGGACCCCAAGGACCCGCACMUCUACCACAACCAGAACAAGAACCAGAGCAACACCCGUCUGCGCUGCCUCAAUCUAACUCACUCGAGUCCUCACCAUACAGCACCAACCGCACAACACUUCGCAAUCUCACAAUGCCGACAACGCCCAACUUCUCCAUCCCAGCAAGUCCGCCUCCUCCUCCCACAAACUCGGAAUCAUCCGCGGCUCUCGCGGCCCGAACAAAGAAGUUUGAGCGCUUUCUCGACCUCAAACGACAAGGCGUACACUUCAAUGCUCGUCUAGAGGGAAGCUCGGCAUUGAGGAAUCCUGCUUUGCUAGAGAAGUUGAUGGCUUUUGCUGGAAUAUCUCGUGAAGAUUCAUAUGCCUCGAGCUUGGGCGAGGGAUUGGGCGUUGUUUUACGAUGGCCAGAUGAGUGUCAAGCCGCUGCGCUGGUCAAGGCGAGUGAGCGGCGGGAGAAGAAGCAGCAAAAGCGAGGCGUCGAUUUCGUGGCAGAGAGUGCCGGAAAGGGCAAGAAGGCGAGAUUCGAUCGUUGA